CACACCGUAUUGAUUAGGCCCGUUGAAAUGGCAAUCAGAACGGGAUAUCAAGGUCGCUAAGUGAUAAAGGUCGGGUAUUGCACCGUAACGCCAUGUGAGGUCAGAGCCAUCACUGCACACUCUCAGUUACUGUACAUGUGUACAGUUCAAGUCACAGUACAAUGUACAUGUACAUGUACACGUAUUGUUGUUGAGCAGAGAGUUGUGUUCAAUCUAUUCAUGUUUUAUUUGCUGGAGUAUUAUGCAUGUAGCCUGACCCACACGUUCGCAUCACAAUAUGGACAUGUACCUAACCACCGAAGAUUUUCGAGAGAUGAUGAGGGUAAUGUACACGGAUCAGCAACCGUACACGCUGGGCGAGUACGAAGGAAUCCCACUUGCCUCAGAGGUUUGCGAAAUCAUGGACGAGCUGAGAUCAUUUGAGGUCAGAGCCGACGACUGUUGGAUCGUCACCUAUCCAAAAGCAGGCACAACGUGGGUUCAGGAGAUCAUGUCGGCCGUGAUGCAUGAUGGGAACCUUGAAGAGGUCAACAAAAGCCACUCUAUGCUCCGCGUGCCAUAUUUUGAGCAGACUUUCCCCGAAGAAGUAAGGCGGCUCAAAAACCUUCCAACGACGCACAGAAUAGCGGACGAGAUGCCUUCCCCUCGGGUCAUCAAGUCCCACCUUCCCGGCCAGCUCCUGCCUCCACAAAUCUGGACCAAGAAAGCCAAGAUCGUCUACGUCAUCCGCAACCCAAAGGACUUGAUGGUAUCUUUUUUCCACUUCGAACAGAUGUUGAAUUUGAAGGGCGCAGGACUAUCGUUUGAGGAGUAUUUAGGGUACAGAAACUCAAAGAAAGCAAGCUACGGAUCUUGGUGGGACCACUACUUGUACUUUUGGAAGAGAAGGCACCAACCCAACGUUCUGGUGCUACGAUUUGAAGAUUUGAAAAGAGAUCUGCGAGGAAACGUGGAGAUAAUCAGUCAAUUUCUGGGCAAGGCCCUGUCUGCCAAGACACUGGAUGACAUCACGGAGCAUUGCUCAUUCAUCAACAUGAAGAACAACCCCAUGACCAACCCCGACUCCUUACUUGCAGCCGACGAGAUACCAGGCCGUUCCUUCAUGCGGAAAGGUAAAAGUGGGAAUUGGAAGACCCACUUCACUGUAGCGCAGAAUGAAUCCAUGGACGCCCUAAUUAAGGAGAAGCUGCACGGUACCGGACUCACCUUCGAUCACUGACCAAUCAGAUUGUAGCUUCUGAGAUCGUGUCGGCUGGAAGUGACCAAUCAAACUUGCAAAUGCAAAAUAUAUUCCCCCUUUCUAACUGUGGAAGUUUAUUUCGAAAUCAUAAUGGAACAGAAGAGCUGCGGUUAUAUUGCUUCAGAAAGCAACACUUAAAGCCUGCAAUUCAUUUUGUCCAGAACUGAACUGGACAAAAAAGAAGUGGCGUCCCGUAUAACAAAUCUCAGGGAUAAAAGAAUCAACUUCGGAUGAUUGGAUGAACAUUAACAUUCGCAUCUGAGAUUGAUCUAUGUUAAACUAAAUUCCACAUAAAUGAAAAGUUGCCUUGUAAAUCGAAUUUGAAAUUAUCAUUACAAAUUAUACAUGCUUUAAUGUUACUUUGUUCUCAUCAACUUCGAAAAGAGGUGGAUCAAAACACAUUUUUAGCAAACCUAUUUUAGCAAAACUAUAAAAAAUAACUCUACGAUGCCCUUUAACAUUAAGCCCCAUGAAACUGUUGUUUUCAUUGUGGAGCCGGAAAUAAUCUACAGCAUCCCCGCAUCUUUUUCUUUAAAUGAAACGUGUAUGCCACAACCUUUGGAAGUAUAAAAAUGAGUAAUUGAUGCAUGCCGUUAUGAGGCCAUCUAAAGUUAAAAAUUAUUAGAACUUAAUGAAUUUUAUCUGUACAUGUAUUGAAAUAUAUCCGACUCUACGGGAAUAGACCCGUACUUAUUGAUGAAUCAGUUUUUGAGUUUUGAUUAAGUCGUAAAAUCACGGGUUUUUUUGUGGUUUCAUUAAGAUAGUAGGCACGAAAUGUAUGUUGAUAUUCACGAAUUGUACAGCCCAAUAUUUAUGUGAAUGAAACAAAUCUUGUUUUAAUACAAACAUUACUGCAACUGAACGCACCUAUCAAUUGUUUC